AAAAAUGCCAAAAUAUGCGUCAUUUUAUUGUUUUGACACCAUUCAAAAUUGUGCAGGUUGCGUUGAACAAACAUGUACAGGUGGCAGGGCCAUGCCUAGCAACGACGCAUGACAGAUACAAACAAUUUUGAAUUCUCGUUCGAUCCUUCAAAUUUGCGGCUGAAAAAAUGUUGUCAGAUAGCGAGAGUGAAGAUUAUUUGCCAGACGGAACUCCACCAGAACUAAAACAAGCUGCUGAAAAAGCAGAACAAAGUUUACUUCCUAAAAAAAGCAGGGGGCGUUACGAAAAAGCCUUCAAGGUUUACGAAAAUUGGUGUUUAGAAAAAAAUACUAAGAAUAUUGCUUCAGAAACAGUCUUGAUGGCAUAUUUUAGUGACAUGGCAAAGCAAAAAAAGCCCUCUACUCUUUGGGCUAUCUACAGCAUGUUACGGGCCAUGCUAGAUUUACGAGAGAAGAUUGAUAUAUCUAAAUAUAACAAGCUCCUUGCUUUUUUGAAACGCCAGAAUAUAGGCUUUAGGCCCAAGAAAUCUACUACCUUUACCAGACAAAAUAUAGAAGAUUUUCUAAGCAAAGCACCCCAAGAAUUCCUUCCUAUCAAGGUUGCGCUUAUAAUAGGUGUAUCUGGAGCAUGCCGCACUGAUGAAUUAUUAAAAAUGAAAACUACGCAUAUUGAUAUAUUAGAAAAGAAAAUUUCUAUUGAAAUUCCGGAUACAAAAACUUAUAAAAGUAGAUCAUUCAUGAUCACUGAAAUAAACUGGAUAAAAAUUGUGAAAGAAUUUAUCCAGGUACGGAAAGAUAUAAAAAAUGAGAGAUUUUUUGUUCAAUAUCGAUCGGGAAGAGCUCGAAAUCAGCCUUUUGGAUACAAUUCUAUCUCUAAAUUUCCUUAUAAAAUAGCCUGCUUUUUAAAACUUCCUAAGGCAGAAACGUACACAGGUCAUGCUUUUAGAAGAACGGCAGCUACGUUGCUGGUUAAUAGCGGAGCAGAUAUUCUUCAGUUGAAGCGCUUAGGGGGCUGGCGGUCUAGUACAGUUGCAGAAAGUUAUGUGGAUGAAUCUGUAGCUAACCAAAUUAAAACCGCAAAUAUGAUAUCCUCAACAACUUUGCCAUCGUCCUCCUGUACCAGUUCAAACGCUCUACCUCCUGCUGUUAACUUCACGGGAUCUGACAGUGGACAUGAAAUAACAUUUUCUAGUAAUGAAAUUUCAAAUCAUCAGGGAGGUCUCUUAAAUAUUUCGGUUAAAUCCUAUAAUAAGUCAAAUAUUACCAUUAAUUUUAAUAAAUAAUAUAUGAUAAAUUAUUUAAAUGUUAUUGUUG